AUGAGUUCUGUCACCCUGACCUGGACAGCUCCCCUGGGCCCAGACCACCCACCUGACACCUACUGGAUCCGAUGGUGGGAGGCAGGUUUCACCAGUGAGACCCUGAACAUCUCAGGAACAUGGGUCAUGGAGGAGGGUCUGGGAACUCCCAACAGGGUCACGGAUCUGCACAAAGAAACUCAGACCAACAACUCAAUCACCCUGGGGUGGGAGGCCCCCACAGACGCCCCCUCUCAGACCCACACAUACUGGGUCCAGUGGGCCCCUGGGGGACAUCCCCAGGGAAAGCAAGACCCCCGAGGACAUCAAGCCAACUAGACAGGCAGGCCCAAUGAGACUUGCUAUGAGGUGUAGACUCUGGAACCCGGGACUUCGUACCGCUUCAGCGUGUGGGCAGAGAGGAACAACGUGGCCAGUUCUGCACAGAGCCUCCUUGCAUCCACAGCCCCGAGCCCGGUCACCAUCACCUCCUGCAUCAGCACCUCUGGGGGACACGGGGGCAUCCUGACCCGGUCCUGCCCCUGGGGAGGCUACGAGGCCUUUGAGCUGCAGGUGGGUGGACAGCGGGACGCCCCGGACAGGUCCUCCUGUGGGAGGAGGGUGCCUGUGUCGGGUCUCUGGCCGGCCCAGUCCUACCCAGCCACUGCCACGACCAUCUGGGAUGGAAUGAGGGCACCAUCUACCUCUGUGACCUGCCACACCGAGAACACAGUGCUGUUACGAACAUGGGUGCACACUUGUCUCUUCGAGACGCUGCUUUCCGCUCAGGAGUGGAACAGCUUCUCAGAGGACAUCCUGGUGGAAGACUUUGCUGACCACGUCAGGAAAAAGGACAGCAAUUGUGGCUUCGAGCAGUACCAGCAGUCGGCUCUGGAGAGCCCCAGCCGGUCUCCAACGGUGGCCUCGGCUCUGGAAAACAGCACCAAGAACCGUUACGGGAACGUGCUGCCCUAUGACUGGUCCCGUGUGUCCCUGAAGCCCCUCCAGGAGGAGCCAGACUCAGGCUACACCAACGCCAGCUCCAUGCCUGUAAGGGGGCAAACUGGGGCGAACCCCCAGGAGUUCAUUGCAGCCCAGGGCCCCCUGCCCAAGACGGUGGGUGAUUUCUGGCACCUGGUGUGGGAGCAGCAGAGCAGCACCCUGGUCAUGCUGACCACCUGCGUGGAAUCCGGCCAGGUGAAGUGUGAGCAUUACUGGCCUCUUGAGGCCGAGCCCUGCACACAUGGGCACCUACAAGUGACGCUGGAGGGUGAGGAGGUGCUGGAGGACUGGACAGUCUGAGACCUGAAGCUCCAGCAGAUGCAAGAGCAGAAAACACUACUGGUGCGUCAGUUCCAUUACGUGACCUGGCCAGACCAUGGCGUCCCCCACUCCCCAGACCCCAUGCUGGCCUUCUGGAAGAUGCUGUGGCCGUGGCUGGACAAGACCGCGGGGGGAGGCCCCCUUGUGCACUGCAGUGCUGGCGUGGGCCACACGGGCACCCUCAUUGCCUUGGACGUCCUGCUGAGGCAGCUGGAACAGGAUCGAUGUGUGGGGCCCUUCAGCUAUGUGCGGAAGAUGAGGGAAACCCGGCCUCUGAUGGUGCAGACCGAGGCCCAGUAUGUGUUCCUGCACCACUGCAUCCUGAGAUUUCUCUGGCAGUCAGGCCGAGCCCCAACAGACAACGGGGCUGCGUAUGAGAACCCACUGUAUGAGAAUGUCUGA